UAAGACUGAAGGACUCAAACCAAAGCUUUCACUUUCCUCAAUACCAAAGCCAAAAGAAGCUGGUCCGUCACCUCCAGUGUAUUUCGCCAAAAUGAAGGAGGAAAGCACACAAAGUGAUAUGAGCACUUGGAGAGAAAUUGACUUUGCUCUCAAUUGUACCUACAUUGUACCGGAUCAAGUGUCGAACCCAAGUUUCAACCUGCCAAAGGCGAUGACUACCAUUCCACGCAACCUUUCGUUUGAAUACAACAAGGAUGAGGUGAGCGGUGUGUUCAGCAAAGAGUACAUUCCUCAGGGGACUCGAUUUGGUCCUCUGCAAGGAGACAUCUACACCAAAGACAACGUCCCCAAACAGGCCAACAGAAAAUACUUCUGGAGGAUUUAUAGCAACGGGCAACUUCAGAACUUCGUCGAUGGCUACGACGUCCAUAGGAGCAACUGGAUGCGUUACGUCAACCCGGCACGAUGUCUGAGCGAGCAGAACCUGGUGGCUUGCCAGAACGGUCGAGACAUCUACUUCUACACCAUUCGGCCGGUGGAACCCAAACAGGAGCUGCUCGUGUGGUACAGCCAAGAGUUUGCCCAGAGGUUAUGCAGUCAGCAGGAGAAUAACAAACACAAAAACAUGAAUGUUGCCGACGAGCAAGAAAACGCCAAACAGCCAAUAUGGCCCAAGGAGAAGACAAAGGAAGAAGUGAAAGAGGAGAGACAUGAUGAAGAAGUAGAUGUGGAGAUGUUGGGGAGAGACACUCCUCCAGAUACUCCCGAUGACCAAAUCAUGGAUUUCAGCAAAAAGAUUGAGAAACAGGAAAAGAUGGACAGGGACCAGGAGGAGUUCAUUCCAUCCCCUCAGCCUGAACAAAUCCACAGAGUGAAUCCUGCUUAUUUACCCGAUCACUUCUCGGCACUAUCAUCUGACCAACGAAAUUUACCCCUUCACCUCCACGGCCUCUACGGCCACAGGGAAGGUCUGGUGUCAUCUCACCCGCUUUACCCUCAAUCCAGACCCCUCCAGCCGCCCUACCAGCUCCUUCCUCCCUUCACCUCGCACUAUCCUCGCCUCCUCCUUCCUUCAUACUCCCCUCCGUUCCCCGGAAUGCUGCCUUCUAGAGGAUCUCUCCGGUAUGGCAGCUAUCUCGGCACGGAUGGCAUCCCGUACCCUCCCCUCAGCACCCCUAAUCUCCUCUCAAUGUCCAUGCCAUACUCUUCAUCCCCACAAGGCGGUUUGAAAGAGCUAACCCCUAAUGUGUCCCCACCGAGAGGCGCCCCGGCGACCCCUGACCUCUCUCCUGUUCCCAAGCCGACAAGCCAAUUUCCCUCACCCGGACAUACUUCCUCUAGUUACGAGGAAGCAAUGAACCUAACGGUGGAGAUUACCAAAGGCAACUCGGGGUCACGCAAUCGUCCCGGGCACAAAUCCUUGCCCUAUCCUCUGACGAAACAGAAUGGGAAGAUCAAGUAUGAAUGUAAUAUCUGCGCAAAGACUUUCGGACAGCUGUCGAAUCUCAAGGUCCACCUCCGAGUACACAGCGGCGAGAGACCUUUCCAGUGCAACUUAUGUAAAAAGAGUUUCACUCAACUGGCUCAUCUACAGAAGCACCACCUCGUCCAUACAGGAGAAAAGCCGCACGAGUGUCAGGUGUGUCAAAAGCGUUUCAGUAGCACCAGCAACUUGAAAACUCACCUUCGACUUCAUUCUGGGGAAAAACCUUACCAGUGCAAACUGUGCAACACCAAAUUCACUCAAUACAUCCACCUCAAGCUGCAUCGUCGUCUCCACAGCAGUCGUGAUCGACCUUACCACUGCCAGAUGUGUUCCCAGGCCUUCUUCCACCAUUUCUCCCUUCGCAUCCACCAACGCAGCUGCUGCCCAGCCAACUCGGGUUCACCCGUCAACGUUCACAUGAAAGAAAUGCUCGAGGGCUUCGACGCUAGCCAAGAAUCCGACACUCUCACGGAAACGGCGUCGGCGUCACAGGUGGAGGAGGCGGUGGAGAGAUGGUUAGCUCGUACCUUGGAAGGUGAGGGUAAGGAGGACCAGAAAGAAGCCACCUUUUUGUUGAAAGCGCUGACUCUGGCUGUUAACGCACCAAUCAGCCAAUCAGCAGCCCCGGUUUCCCAGCACAGUUCUCUGGCGGCCUAUCAGGAAAGAGCAAGCGUGGUCCAUCUUCACAAAAGUUCCACGGUCAAGUUGGAGGCUCAGUGAGAUACAACCAAACAAAGGAGCAAAGGAGAUUUCAAGAUGGACUAAAUAGAGAAAGAAAUGUCGCCAAAAGUAGCCUCUGUUUUGACUGAAGAGAUGAAAUAUAGCUUUUUUUUUCUUUUUUUUUUAAAAUGUGAGCACCACCAAAAUAAGAGCAUUCCAAAGACUGGACGUGAUGUUUGAUUAGACAAAUUGUGCUUCCUCCCAAUGAAUACUACAAACUGUGAAGUCAAUUGUUUUUACUCAGGUAGUUUUAUUUUGGUGUGUUAACUUAUUAUGUUUUCACCUGUUUUGAUUAGAGAUGCUUAUUUAUUUAGCUUUAUUGUUGUUUAUUUGAUGGUAGACAUUGAAACGACUCAGGAAUAUUAACAAUUAUCAUUUUAGUUGAUUUUUGCUUGCUUUACUUUGUGUUUCGUGUGCAUAAAUUAUUUUACAAUUUGCUAAUUUAUUUAUUUAUAAUAAAAAAAAGGGUCAAAUCUGGUAUGUUUAAUUUACAUUUGCCAAAAUAUUGUUGUAAAAUUGCUUUUGCUUGAUUAUAGAUGUGAAAGUUCAUUUUAUUUCUAUGCUUUCAGUUCUUAUUGAGGACUGUCGCUGUAGUUUUGCACUGGAUUACAUUUUUUGCAAGUGUUCCUACGUCUCAAUCCAAAUAGAAUACUUUUUUUUUGGGUUUUUUUGUACGAGGUUUGACCCUGUAGUUUAUUUUUUUAACAGGUUUGAGAUUGUAAGAAUUUUUACGUGAGAGACUAUUUUGAUGAUACUUUUAUACGACGUAGCGUAAUAAAGAUUGUUUCAACACUAUAUGUACAUACA